AUGGUUGGUUUGAAAUGUGGAGCAGAAAGAGCGGGGGCAAACACUCAUCUUAGUUACAUGUUAAUACUAACAUCUCUCUUUUUUUAUAGAACUGGUAUUUCUACCGUAUACCCUAUAUUUGCUACUUAUAAAUCUUUUGAAAGAUAUCAAAAGACUGCUAGUAUUGUUUCUUCUGGAAGCGUAACCAUUGGAGGCAUCCAGGUGCCAAUUGUGUCACUCUUAAAGAGAGCCACAGGAUCAUCGGAACUGUCAGAAUCGAAUGUCCACCAAGAAGAGCUCUUACAGUCUCAUUUGAUAUUAACUCAGAAGUGGUUGGUCUACUGGAUAGUCUUCGCCUCGUAUUCUGCUAUUGAAACUGUUUUACUUUUGAAACUGGCAGUUCCAUUCUACUCGUUUUUGAAGACCAUCUUGUUUGCGUGGAUGGUUGCACCAAUUUUCAUGUCACGUCAAUCCGAUGACUUUGUUUCUCAGGCCAGCUUAACCAGGGAUUGGUUAGAAUUUUCUGAAAAUGGUUGCGGGUAUUGCUACUAUUAUUAUCUCAAGCCUUGGUUGGAAGGAGAAGUUGACUUUUUAUCCAAAUGGGAUUUCAAUCAGAUCAUUGACAAUGCGUUAGGAAACUUCACGAGUGUUAAGCCAUAUGUUUCGUACUAUUUGGGCCAGGGUAACCCAAGCUCAAAGGGCGCUGGUACAUCUGGUACUUCUACGGGUACUAAUAUAUCGUCACUCACUUCCAAAUUGUAUGAUCAUGGCAGUUUUAUCUUGGUAAAUCAAUUCUUUGGCAACCGAACCGAACAACCAAGCACUUCUUCUACCGAUUCUGGUACUUCUAAAGAUGUUCCUCUCAAGCCCUCACUCUCAAGUGAAACUGGAGAAGAUUUUGACUUUGUCGAUAGACCAAAGCAGGAAGAAGUUAUAAAUAGAAAGAAUCCCGAUAAGGUAGAAGGAAAGAAGGGAUGGAUUUGGUAA